CCGCUCGGUCUCCGCCUUGGUAAAAUUACACCGCAUAUCCGACGCAAGACACGACUUGUUUUACUAUUUUCUUAUAAAUUAUGAUAUUUGUUGAAAGUCUUUUUUAAUUUUGACAUUUAUUGCGUCACUCUGGUACUGAUGUAAAUUAUAUAUUAUGUACAAAUGGACAUAACCUCAAUGUUUAAGUAUUCCUCUUAAUUUUCCAAUCAUAAAAUAUAUGAACUUAUAAUAUUUUGUCAUACUAGAUAUCUAAUGGUAAAUGGUAAUUGAUAAUAAUUAUUAAAUAUCAUAAGCGAAUUACUCAAGUUUAGUCGGUAAUGCUAAAAUAUUUUUUCUUAUCAAAAAUCACAAAGGAAAAGUUUCAUCUUGCAACGACGAUUACGCACAAGCUGCAAUAAGGCCGUCCCUGUUGACAUGGCGAUGAGAUGAGAUCCAAUGACUGGUGGCCGUUACUGUGGAUAUGCAUAUUCCUCUGGUUUCAUGCUCACUCCGUUGGUGGUCAAUCACCAAGACCAAUUGUAAUCACCACGUGUCCAAGUGAGCUAUCUGGCCAAUCGUGUUCCUGUUACGACUUUGAGGACGGCAUUUUUCUCGAAUGUCCGGGAGCCACUGGAACGGGUGUGCACAACGCACUAUCCUCGGUAGCUGGAGGCUUGAUUCAGUCACUGAGCAUCUACGACCUGGAAUCUACCGUAUCUUCCUUGUCGACAGACCUAUUUCCUCCGGAUACAAAACUCCGACAGCUCCAAAUAUCCCACUCUAAUCUGUCUGUAAUUGCCGAAGAUGGGUUGAACAACAUUAAAAGUUUAGAGUCUUUUGCAAUGCUAUCCGGUAAACUACGGCAAAUACCUCAAAAAGCUUUUACCCCUUUGAAGCUGUUGAAGACAAUUGAUAUCGAAUCCAAUGAGAUAGCCGAACUGGGUAGUUAUGCAUUUUCUGGCUUACAAUUAAUAAAAAUAAACCUCAAGGGUAACUCAAUACUUAAAAUAUCAGAGUACUCAUUUGCCGGCCUAGAAACCAGUCUCACUGAGCUGGAUCUGUCUGAUAACAAGAUAAAAACGUUUCCUACGUCCGCGGUCAGACGGUUAGAGCGUCUCAUGUCAUUGAGAAUAGCAUGGAACGAAAUAGCGUCGAUUCACGACGACCGUUAUUCAUUCAUGAAAAGUCUGGUGCAGCUAGACCUGAGCUCUAACAAUUUUGAAUCAGUUCCUGAAGAUGCAUUCCGUUUAUUUCCUAAGCUCAAGAUGUUGUCUCUUUACUACAAUUCCGUUGAAAGCAUACACAAACGAGGUUUUAGCACGCUAAUUGAACUUGAAACUAUUGAUAUUAGUCGUAACAAAAUAGUGUUCAUGGAUAGUGGCACGUUCAAGUACAACGUUCACUUACGGACAAUAGACUUAAGCCAUAAUCAUAUUCAUUACAUUAGCGGGUUGUUUGCUAAUCUUCCCGAGCUUAGAGAACUAUUUCUUUCCGAAAACAAUAUACUGGAGCUUUCAGGUGACUCGUUUUCCAACUCUCCAAAGUUAUCGGUUAUAUACAUUCAGCAAAACGCUAUCAGAAUAAUCGAAUCUGGAGCUUUUUCAAGUUCACCCGAUCUAAUGCAACUUUAUUUGAGUGACAAUUAUAUAGAAACCAUUGAUGCUAAUGUAUUUUUGUAUUGUAACAAACUCACAUCAUUGAGCUUGGACAACAACCACAUUUCCAACAUAGAAAACGGUGCUUUCCGGAAUAAUAGUCGACUAAAAGAACUCAGAUUGCAAAAUAACAAACUAUCGAAAAUAUUGCGAACUCAGUUCGAGACGUUACCUGAAUUGUUGGAACUACAUUUGCAAAACAACGCAAUAACGGAAGUUGAAUCUGGUGCAUUCAAAACGCUCAAAAGUCUACAACAUAUAAAUCUCCAAAACAACGUCCUCACUCAUUUAGGAGACGUAUUCCUACACGAUGCACCAUCAUUAGUGUCCAUACAAAUCGAUUCCAACGUGUUGGCCAGUUUAAACAACAAGUCACUCCAAGGUCAAUCCAAUCUGAAAGUUAUGUGGCUCAGCCACAACAAACUAAAAAAACUGGAUAAAUCCAUGUUUGCAGACCUAUAUCAAGUACAAAGGAUUUACUUGAAUAAUAAUUCUAUUGAACACAUCGAACUGGGCUCAUUCGAGUCAAUGCAAGCAUUGGUGUUUCUAGAUCUUAGUUUUAAUCAUUUGAAAGAAAUAACUUCAAAAACGUUCGCUGAACUCAGGGGUCUGAAUGAACUACAUCUCACGGAUAAUUAUAUAUCACAAAUAGACGCUAAUUCAUUCGCGGCGCUAAAGAAAUUGACGAGUCUUAACUUAUCAAACAACCCACUCACAAAAUUGCAUAAGUAUAUGUUUCAAAAAGAUUUACCCAUUCAAAAUUUAUAUCUUAACAAUUGCUCUUUAAGAACUAUUGAAAACGGAACAUUUUCCAAUUUAAACGUUCUUAACGAACUUUACCUGACACACAACUACUUAUUUGCCGAUGCGUUACUCCAAGUGGACGUGCCCACGUUGACUAUAUUAGAUGUAUCUAACAAUAAUUUAGAUGGCCUUAAUUCAACUGUCUUAAAAUACCUACCAAACGUAAAGCGCGUGUAUUUAGAUCAUUGCAACAUAGGUCAAAUUUUAGAUACGACGUUUAAAUUCAACCUCGAAGUCUCUAUGAUGUCUUUGUCGAACAACAAACUAACAGCACUACCUGCAGAUUUGUUCAAAAGACAAACCAGUUUAAACAUGCUCAAUUUGGACGGGAACGAUUUCGAUACCAUGCCGUACGCUACAUUGGCAAACUGUGAGAACUUGCAAAAACUGUCCGUGGCCAGAAAUAUGUUAACCCAAUUAGAUAUGACAAAACUGACUAAUAUGAAAAACCUACAAAGCCUGUCAAUCUCUGAAAACCGAGUUCAAAUACUCGCUGGAUUUCCAUCUUCGUAUUUUACGCUUUUGACCGAUUUGAACUUGUCAAACAACAUACUUUCGUCAUUGCCACUAAAUUUUUUUCAGUCACUAGAACGUCUCGAUAUGUCCAAUAAUCAUUUCAGAAAAGUGCCUCAGUUGCUUAAGAAUCUCCAGUUCUUGAAUCUCACUCACAACCCGCUAGGCCAAAUACGCGAAACAACAAAAUCCAUGACAAUCGAGCAUAUCGACUUAGAAGAACUCCACGUCUGUGGAACUAAUUUAUCAGUGCUGGCGAGUAACGACUUUGUGUCGUUCACCAAUCUUCACCGCCUAUACAUGUCUGAUAAUAAAAUAUCAAAAAUAUCACCCGGCACGUUCAGCGUUCUCGAAGAACUGUACACGCUCGACUUGAGUAACAAUCGCAUGGAAUUUCUACCCCAAGAAAGACUACAAGGACUAACACGUUUGCGAUUGUUGAAUUUGUCACGGAAUUUAAUUAAAGAAAUCGAAGACCUUUCUUCAGACUUGAUAUCGUUGCAAGUACUUGAUAUUUCAUACAACCAACUAGAAAAAAUCAGCAAAGGCUUAUUCAGAAACUUGGAAAGCUUAGCUGAACUAUAUAUAUACGGGAAUUCGCUAUCAUUUGUAUCUCCAGACGCUUUUCGAUCUCUAAAAAAACUCAAGACAUUAGAUUUAGGUAAAAAUAAUUUCAAAAACUUGCCAAUAAACGCUCUUAGGCCGUUGGAAACACAAAUAAAAAGUUUGCGUACAGAAGAAAAUCCAAUAAACUGUGACUGUGAUCAACAAGAGCUAUGGGAAUGGAUAAGAGACCACCAAAAAUUGAUGUCUGACCAAAGCGCGAAAGGCUUAAUCUGUCAAUAUCCUUUGGAACUUAGAGGACGGAAGUUCAUGGAACUUGAGCCUCCUGCUUUUUGUGCCAUGCCCGUCGUACUAAAGCUUGCCAUUCAAGACAUUCAACCGUACUCGAUCUUUGUAUCAUGGAAAGGGCGAAACCACACAGGCCUACAUGGUUACAGAGUAGCCUAUUAUCCGAUCGAAGAUCCGGAUUACCCAGCAGCGGCCAUUUCAUCAGUUGCUGUAACACCAAACAUUAUAAACAAAUUUCUUGAUAAAAAUACUCAGACUACCCUCCUGGACAACCUGAAACCAGAGACCCGGUACUUGGUAUGUGUGUUGGGUCUUGGAAAUUGGAUACCGCUGAACAGUUCACAUCACCUACAGGACGGUUCUCAGAGUAGCCGCUGCACCGAAGUGAAGACGCUGGAAGGCGACAUAGCAUUUUACUCUGACGAACAUCACAAAAGCUCAAUACUCACGAGGCGGUUAGGUCUGAUCAUCGGUAGCUGUUUGGGCUGUGUCGUGUUCAUCGUGUUGGUGUCCGUGCUUGGAUAUCUGAAAAUACAAAAACAAAGAGAAGACACGAAAAGGGAACAGCCACUUCCACCCGAGUAUCUGUCAUACAGGCAUUUUUCUUUGCAUACCACCGACCCAAUUGUCGCUGGUCCAGCUCUGAGUCAAAUCGGCCCGAUUACUAGUGUACAUUAAACAACUUUUUUUUUAUUGUUGAUUAUACUAUUUAUUAUUAUUAUUAUUGUUAAGUGAUGCCGUAAUAUCAUGUUUGAUCCUAUAGUUAAUUGUUAACAAGAACAUACCUAUAACAUGAUGUACCUUAAUAAAAUUAACAAAAAUAAAUUAAUUACAAUGUUAAACUGUCAAGACGUGUUUGUAAAUAUAAUUUUUUUUUUUCAAACGGGUUUAAAAAUUACUACAUAAUAUUUUUUACAACAAUUAUGUUUUUGUAGAGAAGGUAAUUGUUUUAUAAUCCAUCCACAGCCUCCAGUAUUGCAAAAUACUAAUAGAUCGCAUUAAUAGUUACCUAAGUUUCAAAUUAGUAAUGAUUAAUGGUAUGCGAAAUUUUAAAUACAAGUGUAUAUACGCAAUUUAUUGAUAGAUACAUUUUGAUAUGUGAUAUACACGUUUAAUACCUACCGCUAACGAGCUGCCGUUAAAAGUGAAGGUUCAAUCGAUUUGGUUUUCUUUUUACGUAAAAACUAUUGUUUUUAUUUUCUCUACAUACGGUUUUGCACUAAAUUCACUGAUGUUGUUGGUAGGUAUCGAAAUCGUAUUCGUACUCCCGUGUGUGUACUGAAUAUAUUGUUAUAAACCAUUUUCGAUUUCGCAAUAGAAACUCGCGUUUGAAAAUGUUUGUGUUUGCGAUAAAUCUAUUAUACGGCAGUCGACUGUUUAUUAAUUAAAACCGUUUUCAAGAGCAGCGGGAGUGGAGGCGAUAUAGCACACAUAUUAUUACUAUUAUACAAACAGAGAUAAGAAACUUUUACAUCCCAUGGCCUCCUAGCUAUCCAUUCACCCACCAACCUUUCCGAGGGCCACGUGCUCAAACUCUAAUAUAUGAUUGCGAUCGCUAAUCCGUUGGUUGAUUUACGCCAAAAAUAUAUGCCCGGCAUAAUCAAUGCUUAGCGUCGUGCGGUUAGAUCACAUCGAUCAUCGGUUAGUUAUUUCCAUCUAUCAGUUGCCGAAUAAAUUUCGCCUGGCGUCCGAAUGUGUACGGUUGAUAGACCGUCGAUUGAUAAGCUUAAACUCAAAUUUAAUUUCAGUAAAAUCAACUUGAUUUCCUGAUAUUUGCUGGAAAACCAAUAUCUGCCACCAUGUUUAACAAUGUAUUACAAUUAAAUUAAUAAACUAAUAAAAGUUUCACCAUUUUUUUAAAAAAAUUUUGAGUAUUCGAUUAAUUUUGAUUGUCGAAAAAUCGAAAAUUCGGUAAAGGCAAAAACUAUUGACGACGAAACAACAAGAAAUCAAAAUAAACAAUAAUAUUUUCCUUUAAAAUCUAACCUAUUUUGUUGUCGUGUGCUCAAAACUCGUGGUUUUUUGCAAAUCAUAUUUUUUUUAAAACAUAGAUAAUAUAAUAUUAUAAAAUAUUGUAUACCAACGUCCAUCGCGAAUCACCUAUACUGGUUAACCACUGCAAUAAACAUUCAACGUUGUCGGUUCUCGUCGUUAAAUCGGAUUAAAGAAAUGUAUAAGUCCUACGAGCUUCGUAUUCAAUUUUUAUUUUUACCAAUUGAUUUUGUAAGAGAAAAAGCGCUCAAUAACCAUCUCAAAACGAUAUUUAUUUCUCUGUUUCAUCAUUAUUUUCGUAUCAAAUUGCACGUAUAAAACCGAGCGCGGUUUACUCUUUAAAUCGCUGUGUUUCGUUUGCAGAAUAUUUUUAAUUUUUUUUUUUUUUUAAUUAUAAAAAUACGUGUUUGUGACUUUUUCUUGUCGUGUACGAAACCCAUUUCAAGUGUCAAUGGGAUAAGUCGUAACAAUCGAGUUUACAGAAAAUGCAAAAUUAAAAACACAAAAUUCUCAGAAAUUAACCCCAUUGUUGCACAUAAUAUACUCAUUAGUAUAGUAUUAUAGCACGCAGUUUGUUAUCCCAAAAACCGUUUAACGACUUAAUUGCAUCAUUGCCCGAUUCACGUAAGCCGACAACAUUUCACCUACCGUGCGACGUUUUAUUGUUUUGUUUGGUUUUCAUUUAGUCUUACAAUCGCGAAUGAGACGCCUUGUGUGUAUAUUUUGA